GGAGGGGUAGAAAGAGUUGAGCUCUUCUCUGGAGUAAAUCUCUCUCAAUCUGAUCAGAGUGUGAGGUGGACUAACUCACCACAGUGUGGAUACACAGGCUGCACCCACUGGGACUCAAAGGUUUUCUCCAUUCUUCAGUGACAGAGGAGACAAGGCAACAUCCAGAAUAAAAUUAAAUCUCCUGAGUGACGAAGAAGAUAAAAGAUAAAACUGUUAUUUCACAUUGUUCCUCACAGAUACUUUGAGAUCUUUGUUAUUGUGCACCCCGAUGUCUCCUCUCCAACAACAAAGAAGUCAACGCAACCUUUACCUUAAACUGGCAUCACACAUUUUGAAGUGAAGCCAAGCUCCUUAGUCUUACUGGCUGAACUGUGGAUGGAGAUUAUGAGGACCUCUCAGUUGCUUCACCUGUUCCUCGCUCCUAUUGUGUUUUCUUUACAUUCACUCCUCCCCUGCCCUGCGUCUGCCAGCACAGGGUCUGACUAUGACUAUGGAGCACACCCACGCUUUGUUUGCACCCCUAUCCCCGUGGAUGCAGACCCUGCCUGCUUCCCCGCAGGGGGUCCAUGCGUAGGGGCGUCAGGGCCCAGCGGGCCAGGCCAUCAAAGUGCACCUCCUGCUGGCUGGUGGGGGGCGAGCGAAGAGGCCAAAGCCACCAUCCUCCACCUGAGGGAGAGCCUCGUUCAGCAGAAAGAGACCAUCCUGGACCAGAGGGAGACCAUCAGGGAGCUGACGGCCAAGCUCACCCUGUGCGAGGGCCUCGGACGGGAUGCGACGCCUCACACCGAGCACCACGGCACAGGCUCGCACUCUCAUCACGCAUCAGUGGCCGGCCAUCACACAUACAAUGACAACGGGCACUAUAGCAACCACCAGGGUCACCAUGGAAACCUCAUCCCAGACUCACCGCACUACCCCUCUGUAGGGGGGCAACGAUCUGAUGGAGGGCACAGCAGCAACCAUCAGGCGAAGGAUAAACAUGUGACGCCAGGGGAGAUCACAUCCUCACCAGAGCAGAUGGAGAGGAUGCUGCAUGCGCUGAAGGAGAGGCUGGACAACCUGCAGAAGAGGAACAUAUCCAUCGCCUACUCCAGCUCUCUGAAGGAGCUGCUUCAGAGGAAGAUCACCGCUCUGGAGCAGCAGCUGCACCAUCACACCUCCGCCCUCAGCAGCCCGGACCACCACGAUGACGACAGCAGCCACAGAGAUGACGGAGACCAUCACGACGACGAUCAUCACGAUGAUGAUCACCACGACGACGGACACCCGAAUGACCACAAGGAUGACCACAAUGAUGGCAGCGACAGCGACAGCCACACCGACCAUCAUGAUGACAGACACAAUGAUGACCAUCAUGAUGUGGAUGGUGACCAUGACGACCACCAUGACAGUCACCACGAAGAUCAUGAUGAUCAUGAUCAUUAUGAUCAUGAUGAUCACCACAGUAACGAAGCAGACAGUCACAGUUACCUGUCACACACAGGAUACAGAGAACCAGGGCCACGGACUGGUUUCCACGCAAAUAAACUGGAGUCAGUGCUCAACCAGCUGCACCUCGCAGGUUCCAGGAAGAAAUUCAAGAGUCCCGAUGCCUUCCAGAUCAGCUUCCCCAUGAGGACCAACUACAUGUAUGGGCGGAUGAAGAGGACGCUGAUGCAGGAGAUCUUUGCUCUGACUUUGUGUCUUUGGAUCAAGGCGGGUGUUGGGCCCGUCCUGGGGACACCUUUUUCUUACUCCGCACCUGGACAGGCCAAUGAACUGGUGCUCAUCGAGUGGGGCAGCAACCCCAUGGAGCUGCUGAUAGACGACAAGGCUGCGACGCUGCCCCUGUCUCUGGGUGACGGGAAGUGGCACCACGUGUGUGUGACCUGGUCAACAAGAGACGGACAGUGGGAGGCCUACCAGGAUGGAGUGCAGAGGGGGUCUGGGAUAAAUCUUUCCCCCUGGCACCCUAUCAAACCUGGAGGUGUCUUCAUCCUGGGACAGGAACAGGACACUCUGGGAGGUCGUUUCGAUGCCACUCAGUCGUUUGUGGGCGAGAUAUCCGACCUGCACAUGUGGUCACAUGUCCUGACUCCCAGUGACAUCUACAGCCUGGCGUCCUGCGGCAGCCACCUCAGAGGAGACAUCCUCGCCUGGUCUGAGUCAGAGGUGGAGCUUCGUGGAGGUGUCGCCAAAUACCCCUUUGACCCCUGCCACUAAAAGGCUGGAGAAGAACGCUGAGAACAUUUAUCACAUAUCGAAAGGUUCAGGAAUAAAACAGGAGCCCCUCUGACUUAUUUUUCGGGAUGAUGACUCAGUGGCACAAACUCAUUGCCUUCCUUUAGACUGAAUCAGUGACUUUUUCUUUGAAAAGAAAAACAAUAAGUCUAAUCUGUGUUUACAGAGACUGUAGAGACUUAGUGGUCUUGGGCCUUAGGUUUCGGCCUCUAACGUAAUCAUAAGCUAGUGUUUUAUUUUAAACAGACAAGUGCUGUAUGUGACAUAUUGUCAUAUUGUUAAUAAGACUUAAUACUGUGGGGUCUGUGAUAAAAUUAGCAGACCUUACACGGGUUCUGACGUGGUGACAAACUGUGUUGUUAGUUUGAGCGAUAUGUAGAGAAAUGUGUUGAGAAAUCAUUUUGUAAUCAGGAUACUCCUUUUUUUAAAGGUGUCCACAGAGAUACAGCUAAUUUACCAAAGAAAUGUAGAAUUGAUCUGUUACACUUUGUAAUUUUAAUAAUCUGAUGUGUCAUAGAUAGAUUGUGUUUUAUUUUGGCAGAAGAGCCUGUCAGACUGAAUUUAGUGUGAAACAACAGUUAUAACACGGACUUUUGGCAUGACGCUGUAACCCAACAGUGAUGCUUUAAAUUCAUCAUCAAGGUUUAUUAUACACUCUUUUUUAUUCACUUUUAUAAACUCUACAAUGGAUCUCGCUGUUCGCUGAACAAGCUGCUGACGUUUAACACUUUUUUUUCUCUCCAAUAAAAAAUGCAUCUUUUUGAUAUGUAUAUUUUAUGUGAUCAAGUCAUUGCAACGUGGCUUUUUAAUUCCUUAUAUGAUCUGGCCUUGACUGUAUAUUUGUUAUUGCACUGUAUAUAAAAGACUGAAUUAAGGCCAGGUUAUGUUUUUAACGUUGUGUAUUAAGUUGUGUGUUUGUGUUUUUCAAAUGUUAAGAGUGUGUAAA